AUGAAGGGGGAAUCCAUUGAGACUUUCGAGUCCUUGAAACAGAAAUUUCACCUCCCCCCACGAUCCUAUUUCUCAUACCUUCAGAUGAGCUCAUGGGUGACAAAGCGGGCUAGGCAAAACAAUAAACACUCACAUGAUAACACUAUAGCAGAACUAGAGAGAGUGUGUCUAGCACCCAAGCCACCACAAAGAAGUUUAUCACUUCUAUACAAUAUACUCACGAAAAGGGCUGGAGUGGGGAAAUUGAGGUUUAUGACAGCAUGGGAAGCAGAAAUGAAAACUAUCAUACCCAAUGAGAUAUGGCCAAGAGUUCUACGAGCGCACAAACACCUCACACUCAAUACAGCCCACAUUGAAACUUGCAGGAAAGUACUUUAUCGCUGGUACAUGGUGCCCUACAGACUCCAUAAAAUGGACCAAACUAAGAAGGACCAAACUCCAG